UUGUGGACAUGCGCAGUUGAUUAGCUGUUAGCAGCUGCGUUGUCAACGAAAAGACAGGCUUGACUGUUUUUUUUCUGUUUUUAUUUUUUAUUUUGAGUCUAUAUUCUUUACAAAUGGCUGGUACUGCGUUAAAAAGACUGAUGGCUGAGUAUAAGCAGCUGACUCUAAACCCACCCGAGGGGAUCGUUGCAGGUCCUGCAAAUGAAGAGAACUUCUUUGAAUGGGAGGCUUUAAUCAUGGGUCCAGAGGACACGUGUUUUGAGGGCGGCGUAUUUCCAGCCCUCCUCUCCUUCCCAUCAGACUACCCCCUCAGCCCCCCUAAGAUGAGGUUCACCUGCGACAUGUUUCACCCCAACAUUUACCCAGAUGGCCGAGUGUGCAUCUCUAUCCUACACGCUCCAGGAGACGACCCUAUGGGGUAUGAGAGCAGUGCUGAGAGAUGGAGUCCUGUCCAGAGUGUAGAGAAGAUCCUACUGUCUGUAGUCAGCAUGUUAGCAGAGCCCAAUGAUGAGAGUGGAGCGAACGUUGAUGCAUCCAAGAUGUGGCGUGAGGACAGAGACCAGUUCUACAGCCUGGCCCAACAGAUCGUCCGCAAGUCCCUGGGUCUCUAAUAACAACGACAUCACAUUCUCUCCAUACGUCCCAAAUGGUACCCUAUUCCCUAUAGAGAGCACUACUUUUGACCAAUGUCCUAUGAGCCCUGGUCAACAGUAGUGCGCUAUAAAGGGAACGGUGUGCUAUUUGGGACGCAACCUCUGUUUGGAUCUAAUCUGUAAGGUUCCAACCCACCGCUUCCAUUUCACUCAACAUGAUGUCACCAGGACAGGAAGUUGUCACAACCAGGAAGUUACAGGUGACUACAGUGACAAUUAGACUAGCUGGUAAGCAUGGAGACGGCAGAUGACUGAUGGCUCCAUCUCUGGCUGUUGCCAUGGGUACGAUGAAACCCACAAACCAUUUGACUCAAAGUACCCGUUUGUUCCGUUGUCACAUCUCUCUUUCUCUCUUUCUCUCUCAAGCACUUUAUUUCUCCAAAGGAAUAUGUUUAGCGUGUUACUAUCCAGAACGCCAUUCACUCUGCAAUAUGGCUACAUAGAGGUGCUGUGACUCAUUUGAAUAGAAAAUAAAUAAUACAAGUGUUUGUGAGAACUUGUCAAUGCUUUGUAAUAGAAGAUAUCACUAUUAAUACAUGACUGCCAACAUUUGACUGACAGACACACCAAUGGUUCUUCUGUUUUAGGGUAGUCUCGCAUGACCAUCCUUCCCAAAUCCUGUCUCGUUGACUCGACUAUUUCAAACUCUGUCUGAGGCUAGUUUUGGAGUAAUAACAUCAGUGUGGGAAAUAAAGCGUUUAGCUUCUGGGUGCGAAGUGUUGGUUUUAUGGCUAAAAAAAAGAACACGUUGAAGAUAUUACUAUUAUACAGACCACAAUUCAGCAUCACAACAUUUUAGCACAUUUUAUGUCAACAUUUAGUUUAGUACUCGGUAGGGGACUUUCGUUAUAAUGCUGACCUCUGUCGUUGGGUGUUUUAAUGUGGUGCAAAAAAUAAAUAAAGAUGAUUUAGACUGUG